GACGAUGAGGAGGCGGCGGAGGGCGGUGGCCCGGGCGCGGAGGAGGUGGAAUGCCCGUUGUGCCUGAUGCGGCUGCCGCCCGAGCGGGCCCCGCGCCUCCUCAGCUGUCCGCACCGCUCGUGCCGGGACUGUCUCCGCCACUACCUGCGCCUGGAGAUCAGCGAGAGCCGGGUGCCCAUCAGCUGCCCGGAGUGCAGCGAGCGACUCAACCCGCACGACAUCCGCCUGCUGCUCGCCGACCCGCCGCUCAUGCACAAGUACGAGGAGUUCAUGCUGCGCCGCUACCUGGCCUCGGACCCCGACUGCCGCUGGUGCCCGGCCCCGGACUGCGGUUAUGCUGUUAUUGCCUAUGGCUGCGCCAGCUGCCCAAAGCUAACUUGUGAGAGAGAAGGCUGCCAGACUGAGUUCUGCUACCACUGCAAGCAGAUAUGGCAUCCAAAUCAGACAUGCGAUAUGGCCCGUCAACAGAGGGCACAGACUUUGCGAGUUCGGACCAAACACACGUCAGGUCUCAGUUAUGGGCAAGAAUCUGGACCAGCAGAUGACAUCAAGCCGUGCCCACGAUGCAGUGCUUACAUUAUCAAGAUGAAUGAUGGAAGCUGUAAUCACAUGACGUGUGCAGUAUGUGGCUGUGAAUUCUGCUGGCUUUGUAUGAAAGAGAUCUCAGAUUUGCAUUACCUCAGCCCCUCUGGCUGUACAUUCUGGGGCAAGAAGCCAUGGAGCCGCAAGAAGAAAAUUCUUUGGCAGCUGGGCACAUUGAUUGGUGCUCCGGUGGGGAUUUCUCUCAUUGCUGGCAUUGCCAUUCCUGCCAUGGUCAUCGGCAUUCCUGUUUAUGUCGGAAGGAAGAUUCACAGCAGGUAUGAGGGAAGGAAAACCUCCAAACACAAGAGGAAUUUGGCUAUCACAGGAGGAGUGACUUUGUCGGUUAUUGCAUCCCCAGUUAUUGCUGCAGUUAGUGUUGGUAUUGGUGUCCCCAUUAUGCUGGCAUAUGUCUAUGGGGUUGUGCCCAUUUCUCUCUGUCGUGGAGGUGGCUGUGGAGUUAGCACAGCCAACGGAAAAGGAGUGAAAAUUGAGUUUGAUGAAGAUGAUGGUCCAAUCACAGUGGCAGAUGCCUGGCGAGCCCUCAAGAAUCCCAGCAUUGGGGAAAGCAGCAUCGAAGGCCUGACUAGUGUAUUGAGCACUAGCGGAAGCCCUACCGAUGGGCUCAGCGUCAUGCAAGGCCCCUACAGCGAAACAGCCAGCUUUGCAGCUCUGUCAGGGGGCACGCUGAGUGGCGGCAUUCUCUCCAGUGGCAAGGGAAAAUACAGCAGGUUAGAAGUCCAAGCCGAUGUCCAAAAGGAAAUUUUCCCCAAAGACACAGCCAGUCUUGGUGCAAUUAGUGACAACGCAAGCACUCGUGCUAUGGCCGGUUCCAUAAUCAGUUCCUACAACCCACAGGACAGAGAAUGCAACAACAUGGAAAUCCAAGUGGACAUUGAGGCCAAACCAAGCCACUACCAGCUGGUGAGUGGAAGCAGCACAGAGGACUCGCUCCAUGUUCAUGCUCAGAUGGCAGAGAAUGAAGAAGGUAGUGGUGGCGGAGGCAGUGAAGAGGAUCCCCCCUGCAAACACCAAAGCUGUGAACAGAAAGACUGCCUGGCCAGCAAACCUUGGGACAUCAGCCUGGCCCAGCCUGAGAGCAUCCGCAGUGACCUGGAGAGCUCUGACACACAGUCAGACGAUGUGCCCGACAUCACCUCAGAUGAGUGCGGCUCCCCCCGCUCCCAUACUGCAGCCUGCCCCUCAACCCCCAGAGCCCAAGGUGCGCCGAGCCCAAGUGCCCACAUGAACCUCUCUGCUCCAGCUGAGGGACAGAUUGUCUUGAAGCCAGAAGGUGCAGAAGUCAGAGUAUGAAGUGGAAUGAACGCUCCUGUUCUGAGAAGCACACUUGUCAUGUACCUGUUCUUUGUCUUUCUGGCCCGUGUUUUACUGCAAGGAGGAUGACCAGUCUGGACAACAGCCAACUUGGAAGAUUCUCAUCUCCUGGG